AUGAAGCUCCUCACCUGGCUCACCGUCCUCGUCGCCGCCGUGCAAGCAGUCCCCACCCCCGAGCCGGCCACAGCCUACGCCGGCGACAAACGUGUCAUCGGAAUCGGUGUUUACCAGUGGAUCAAGCGCGCGGAGCCCUAUGAUGAGCUCCAUGGGGUCGACAAGCGUGUCAUCGGAGUCGGUGUUUACCAGUGGAUCAAGCGCGCGGAGUCCUACGAUGAGCUCCCUGAGGUCGAGAAGCGCGUAAUUGGAGUCGGUGUUUAUCAGUGGAUUAAGCGCGCGGAAUCCUACGAUGAGCUCCCUGAGGUCGAGAAGCGCGUAAUUGGAGUUGGUGUUUACCAGUGGAUCAAGCGCGCGGAGUCCUACGAUGAGCUCCCUGAGGUCGAGAAGCGCGUAAUCGGAGUCGGUGUUUACCAGUGGAUCAAGCGCGACGGUGAGGACGUCGAAGUCGCGCAGACCCAGUAG